CUGGCCGGAGCGCGUCCGCCUGCUGGACUUAGGCACCGCCGGCCGCCUGGGCACGGGACUGGGCGAGGGCACUGACCUCGGCCUAGAAGGCCUGGGAUCCCGGAGCCGCCCGCGCCCACGGGUGCUUGCGAGUCGCACGCCGUCCCCGAACCCCUGCUGCUCACCGCUCCUCGGCGGGGCGAGGCCAGGUGCCCCCCUUCUUCGCUCCCUCCCCACCCGUGCCCGCGGGAAAGCUUGCCUACCCGCCCCCUCCCGCAGGGGUGUAGCCGGCUGCGGAGCUGACAGCGACCCUGCAGCCACCCUGCCCAAACUCUCCGGAAGCGGCCCAAGUAGACUAGUGCUCAGGCCGCCACAGUCCCUGAGGACCUACGGUUGGACCGGAGGCGCGGGCUCGGUUCCCGCGUCCAAACUUGGAGCACUUGACCUUUGGCUGUCGGAGGAGGCAGGCCCGCGGGUGGUUGGACAGCUGCGGCGCCGGGAGGGCAUCUUGCCCAGAGUUCCGGGAUCGUCGGCUGCACUCCCGGGCUCCUGGCUUUGCCUCAGGGAUCCCGAGGUGUCCACAUCAGGCGCAUGUUGACUGAGACCUGGAGUCAUGGAUGUGUGCGCCCGUCUUGCCCUGUGGCUCCUUUGGGGGCUUCUCUUGCAUCAGGGCCAGAGCUUCAGCCAUAGCCACAGUGAGAAGGCAACAGGAACCGGCUCAGGGGCCAGUUCUGAGGAGUCCACCGCAGCAGAGUUUUGCCGGAUUGACAAGCCCCUCUGCGACAGUGAGGAUGAGAAGCUCAGCUUUGAGGCUGUCCGUAGCAUCCACAAACUGAUGGACGAUGAUGCCAAUGGUGAUGUGGAUGUGGAGGAAAGUGAUGAGUUCCUGAGGGAAGACCUCAAUUACCAUGACCCAACGGUGAAACAUAGCACGUUCCACGGCGAGGAUAAACUCAUCAGUGUGGAGGACCUCUGGAAGGCAUGGAAGUCUUCAGAAGUGUAUAACUGGACCGUGGAAGAGGUGGUGCAGUGGUUGAUCACAUAUGUGGAGCUGCCUCAGUAUGAGGAAACCUUCCGGAAGCUGCAACUCGGUGGCCAUGCUAUGCCGAGGCUAGCUGUAACCAAUACCACCAUGACAGGGACCGUUCUGAAGAUGACAGACCGGAGCCAUCGGCAGAAGCUUCAGCUGAAGGCCCUGGACACAGUGCUUUUUGGGCCUCCUCUCUUGACCCGCCACAGUCACCUCAAAGACUUCAUGUUGGUGGUGUCUAUUGUUAUUGGUGUGGGCGGCUGCUGGUUUGCCUAUAUCCAGAACCGUUACUCCAAGGAGCACAUGAAGAAGAUGAUGAAGGAUCUGGAGGGAUUACACCGAGCUGAGCAGAGUCUGCAUGACCUUCAGGAAAGGCUGCACAAGGCCCAGGAGGAACACCGCACGGUGGAGGUGGAGAAGGUACAUCUGGAAAAGAAGCUGCGUGAUGAGAUCAACCUUGCCAAGCAGGAAGCCCAGCGGCUGAAGGAGCUGAGGGAGGGCACUGAGAAUGAGCGGAGCCGCCAAAAAUAUGCUGAGGAGGAGUUGGAGCAGGUUCGGGAGGCCUUGAGGAAAGCGGAGAAGGAACUGGAGUCGCACAGCUCAUGGUAUGCUCCAGAAGCCCUUCAGAAGUGGCUGCAGCUGACACAUGAGGUAGAGGUGCAGUACUACAACAUCAAGAAGCAAAAUGCCGAGAAGCAGCUGCUGGUGGCCAAGGAGGGGGCUGAGAAGAUAAAAAAGAAGAGAAACACUCUCUUUGGCACCUUCCACGUUGCCCACAGCUCUUCCCUGGAUGACGUGGAUCAUAAAAUCCUAACAGCUAAGCAAGCACUGAGUGAGGUGACAGCAGCACUGCGAGAGCGCCUGCACCGCUGGCAACAGAUCGAGAUCCUCUGUGGCUUUCAGAUUGUCAAUAACCCUGGCAUCCACUCACUGGUGGCUGCCCUCAACAUAGACCCCAGCUGGAUGGGCAGCACCCGCCCCAACCCUGCCCACUUCAUCAUGACUGACGACGUGGAUGAUAUGGAUGAGGAGAUUGUGUCACCCUUGUCCAUUCAGUAUGCUGCCUGGCUGAUGGGGCGUAGGUUCAGUGACCGCUCUCUCUGCUCUGCAUCCGCCGGCUCGGAUGAUCAGUCCCUCUGGAAAUACCCGGCCCCCAGCCUGCAGAGCAGUGUCCGGCAGCGCCUGACGGAACCACAACAUGGCCUAGGAUCUCAGAGGGAUUUGACCCAUUCCGAUUCGGAGUCCUCCCUCCAUAUGAGUGACCGCCAGCGAGUGGCCCCCAAGCCUCCUCAGAUGGUCCGUGCUGCAGAUGAGGCUAUCAGUACCAUGACUUCCAAUGGCAGCCACCGGCCGAUUGAGGGGGUCCACCCAGGGUCUCUGUUGGAGAAACUGCCUGACAGCCCUGCCCUGGCCAAGGCACUACUGGUGCCGAACCAUGGGCUGGAUAAGGCCCACAGCCUGAUGGAGCUAAGCCCCUCAGCCCCACCUAGUGGCUCACCACGUUUGGAUUCUUCCCGUUCUCACAGCCCUAGUCCCCUAGACCCAGACAUGCUGUCUUCAGUUGGGGACACCCGAGCCCUGCAAGCCAGCCGAAAUACACGCAUUCCCCACCUAGCUGGCAAGAAGGCUGUGGCUGAGGAGGAUAACGGCUCCAUUGGCGAGGAGACAGACUCCAGCCCAGGCCGGAAGAAGUUUCCCCUCAAAAUCUUUAAGAAGCCUCUUAAGAAGUAGGCAGGAUUGGGGUGGUAGUGGUGGGACAGCUUGUCCUUUUCUGGAUCUUCUGCCUCUCCAUCCCCUACCCCCAAGAUACCAAGGCCCUAGAGUGGGGCAUGGGAGGGGCUGGCCCAGGGGCCUGGGCACUGUACAUACCCACUCCCCUUGUCCUUGGGUCCUUCAACAUUAUUUAUUAACUGACCACCAUGGCCUGCCUGCCCUGACUUCCUUCCACCCAUGGGCUGCUGCUGUCACUCCCUCUCCACUUCAGUGCAUGUCUUAGUUGCUCUCCCCUCCACCUCCUCAGCUCUCAGCUCCACCUCUGGGGUCCAGCUUUUGCCUCUGCUGUCCCAGUUUUGAGGUUUGGUUUCUUGUUUCUCUCUGUCUUCUGCUUCCAGGCCCCUCCCCUCCUCUACUCCUCAACUUCCCCUAGCAGCUUUGGGGAAGAUAGGUGGAGUAACUUCUGACGCUUGUGUCUCAGAUCAGUCCCACCCCACCACGGUGGUUCUUUUUGCCCCAGACUGGGGCUAGGACUUAGGGCCUAAUCUUUGGGGUUUGUUCUUUGGGAGUGUGGUGGACCUGAAGGAACCUCUGCCUGGAGCUCCCUCAGGUCUCCAAAGAUCCAUGGGGAAGUGAAGCCAACUCCAGGGAACAAGCCACCAAAGACUUUUGAAGAGAGGCCAGGCUAGAGAAUGGAUAGGGAGAGACCUCUCUUAGUUGGAGGAUGAGUAGAUGCCAGACCUGUGUGCUACAAGGCAGUCACCUUUCUUUCACCCACACCUGCCACCCUCUUCCCCCUGCUUACUCACACUGCAAGAGGGUUUGUCUCUAAGAGGUGCUGCCCUAAUGCUCCCCAAGCACCAAUACUCCUGGGGCUCAGGACAAUUGGCUGCCUGGCCAUGGGAGCCACAGCCAUGACAUAGGGCUCCAGUGGGGCCCUGUAGCUUUUGGGCAAUGAUGCUGUUGCAUUUGAACCAAAACAGUUUAAAAGUGAAAAAAGAAAUCUGAAUUUCCCAAGUGCCUGCACCACAUACUCCCCUUGUCAGAUCCCAUUUUCAUGUUUCUGCAUAGCCUGGGCCAGAGGCUCCAAAAGGAGACAAGCAGUUUGGGGAAGGGUUGGCUAAGGAAGAUGGUGUUGGUGAAGGUGGCUGUGUGACCACUCCCCUCUCCCUUCCCAGCCUCUAGACAACCCCCUCCCUUACCUGUUUUUGCUAUGGCUGUAAAGGUAUUUUCCUUCUGCCCCACUCCAUGUCAUGCCCCUACCCUGGGAUCCUAUUUGGGGCCUGGGAUGGGGGUACCUGGGGCUGGUCUUAGGAGGGUGCUAGGUUGCAAACUGCCUUGUACCCUCUGGACCCUCUCAUGUGGGUUUUUCUGUGCCAUUUCAUAAGACUCUUUGAAGUCCAAUAAAGCAUGUAGGAGAUUUUAA